AUGCCGAAGUCCUCAAGAAGUGCGAGAAGAGACCAGAUAGGGCCAGCAAGACCAUAUGCUACGGCUCGAAUUAAAGAGGGAUCAACAACAAAGAAGUCUUCAGUUCAUGGCAGCAACCUCAUAGCUCCGAACACUGGUAUCGGUCAGCACUUUCUGAAGAACCCUGCAGUUGUAACAUCAAUCAUUCAAAAGGCUGGAGUCAUGCCUACAGAUGUUGUACUUGAGAUCGGUCCUGGUACAGGAAAUAUGACCGUCCCCUUGUUGCAAAAGUCCAAAUCUGUGAUCGCGUUGGAAUUCGACCCUCGGAUGGUAAGAGAAGUAUUGAAACGAGUACAAAAAACACCCGAAGAGCGAAAGCUCCAAAUUAUUCAAGGUGAUGCAAUACAAACAAAGUGGCCCUUUUUUGACCUCUGUGUGGCGAAUAUUCCGUACCAGAUUUCGAGCGCAAUAGUAUUCAAACUGCUUGCCCAUAGGCCUAUGUUUCGCUGUGCAGUUCUCAUGGUUCAAGAAGAGUUUGCUCUCCGCCUGUCGGCAAGACCGGGAGAAGCAUUGUAUUGCCGUCUUUCUGUAAACACGCAACUGCUUGCGAAAGUCGACCAGUUGCUCAAAGUCGGGAAGAAUAACUUCCGCCCACCUCCAAAAGUCGAAUCUCGUGUUGUUCGAAUAGAACUCAAGAACCCACCACCUCCAGUGAAUUUUGUGGAAUGGGACGGAAUGAUAAGGCUCCUAUUCAAUCGCAAGAACAAAACCCUCCGAUCUGUACUCUUUACCAAAGCAACACUACGAUUGCUCGAAGAGAAUAGACGGACAUUAAGGAGUUUGGAGGGACAAACAGAUACAGAGGAGAAGGUUCAAGACAUUCUCGAGCGAAUCCUGGGCCAACCGAGCUACAAAGAUAAACGUGCCAAGAAUCUUGAUCUUGAUGAUUUUCUUCAUCUCUUGGCCGAGUUUCAUCGCGAGGGCAUCCACUUUACAUCAUAG